GUCGCCACGCUCGACGCCCGGCCCGUCGAGUGCAGGACCGCGAAGGAGCUCGCCCGCCAGCCGGACCUCACCCGCCCUGGCGCGGUGCCGUGCUACCUGGCGCUCAUGCAGUCGUCCAACGAGCUGCUCUUCGUUCACUGGGCCGCGGAGGGCAAUCCCAAGGGCCAGGACGACUCGCGCCAGGCCCACGCCGUGCUGGAGGUGGUGGCCGGCCACUGCACGGUGCGGGACGUGGCGCCGCCGCAGCUGAAGGACGGCGCACGCUGCGCGGCGCUGGAGGCGGAGGUGCUCGGCAUCGUCCUGGAGGCCUUCGUCCCGCCGGCCCCGCGCGCGCUGCGCGUGGAGGCACGGGAGCCGCAGGACAUCAUCGAUGGCGUGGCACGCGGCGGCGAG